AGUGUCAAUUCAUUUGAUGUUUAAAAGACGUAAAAAAUUGUUAAUGUAAUAAAAAGUAAAAAUAUAUAUCAAAAUGUCCUCUAAAGAUAAUUCUAAUGAAGAAAUGGAAAAUUUUGAUUGGAUUACAUUAAAAAAUGAUAUGGAUGCAAUUGCCCCAGUUGAGACUCAACGGGAAAAAUUUAUAAGAAAAUUCAAAUCAAAUCCUUUCGUACCUAUCGGUUGUCUAGCAACAACCUUAGCACUCACUUAUGGUUUGUGGUGUUUUAGGACUGGCCAAAAAAAGAUGUCACAGUAUAUGAUGAGAACAAGAAUAGCAGCACAAGGGCUUACAGUAUUAGCACUAGUAACAGGUAUUGGAUUGAGCGCUCAAAAAGCUAAUAAAAAGGACCAAUAAUAAUGGUCAUCAAUCCUAUUGUUGAUAGUUAUUUAAAUAUGUACAUGAGGUUUUAAUAGAAUAGAUUGUAAACACUUUAUCUGUCUGUUAGAAAUAUUGUAAGAUAUAUGAAAAUUUACUGA